GGCCACAAAGCACCGUCCUGAUGUGUCUUGCCUCUGGAAACUGCUUGGAGAUACCUGUACUAGUGUGCAUGUUAUUUCACCAGCCAAAGUGAACAUUCAAGUUCUAGGAUCCCUUCUGGGUGAAAAUGCAGACAAACAGAUGCUGAAGAAACUUGAGCUGCUCAGACUGGGAGGAAGGUGUUACGGCAGAGCCUUAAAACUGAUGUCUUUGCCCAGCAUAUGGUGUGAUAUUGGAAUAAAUUAUUAUCGACAAGCAGAGCACCUCACAGCAGUGGGCACUGACAUGAACGAGAUCAGUGAACUGCUAGAAAAGUCCUUACAGUGUCUCAAAAAAGCUGUGAGGCUUGACAGCAAAAAUCAUCUUUAUUGGAAUGCACUUGGUGUAGUUGCUUCCUGCAGUGCUGUUGGGAAUUAUGCUCUUGCUCAACAUUCGUUCAUCAAAUCUGUUCAAGCUGAGCAAAUCAAUGUUGUUGCCUGGACCAACUUGGGGGUUUUGUAUCUCACAACUGGAAACAUUGAGCCUGCUCAUGAAGCCUUCAAGAUAGCCCAGGCUCUGGAGCCUUCUUACGUACUGUGUUGGAUUGGGCAGGCUCUUAUUGCAGAGAGAGUAGGCAGCUAUGAUACCAUGGAUCUCUUCAGGCACACAACUGAACUCAGUAUGCAUACUGAGGGAGCAAAAGGCUAUGCCCACUGGGUGUGUUCAACGCUGCAGGAUAAAAGCAACAGAAACACUGAACUAUAUACGUACAACAUUAUUCAAAUGAAUGCUAUUCCAGCAGCCCAGGUGGUCUUGAGCAAAUACACAGAAAGAAAUCCAGACGAUGCCUCUGCUUUCACAAUGCUCGGUUAUUUGAAUGACUAUCUGCAUCUAAAAGGGCAGGCAGCAGAAGCCUAUGAAAGGGCAGCUUCAUUGCUGAAAAACUCUGAGGAUACUGAGAAAUACAACACAGCAAUGCAAAACUAUGGCAGGGCAUUGUGUGCCCUUGGUCAGUGUGAUAAAGCUAUUGAGGUUUACACAUCAACACCCCUAACCGAGUUUGAUGGCAUUGUGGGGAUAGCACUAGCAUACUUCAAGAAAGGGCUUUUACAAGAAAGUAUCAAAGCCUAUGAAAAAGCUUUGUCUGUUGCUGAGUCUGAAGAAGAUAAAGCACAUAUCCUGACUGCGUUGGCAAUAAUAGAGUAUAAACAGAACAAAGUGGAUGCUGCAAAGACACUGCUGUUCAAAUGCUCAGUGAAGGAACCUAGUACGGGAAGUCUGAAAGCUUUGUGCACCCUAGGACUGGUAAAGCAGGAUGCUACACUUGCAACAGCAGCCUUGAAAGAAUUACUGAAGCAUGAAAAAGGGGAUGAUAGGCUUUAUGAGAGGUGCCUUAUUGCAUCUGCUGUUUAUGCAUUGCAAGGUAGAAAUGUGGGGGUCCAGAGAGAAGUCUCCAAAGCAAUACACAGUAACCCUAAUAAUCCUGCCCUCUGGUCUCUUCUGUCUCGACUAGUUCCGUUGUAUGCACCACAGAAAGCAAAAUUGGCAGCAGGAUGUCACAUGUUAGAUGAUGAGAAAAAUAAUCCUCUGAAAAAUAUUCAGAAGGCAAUCCACCUCUGUCCAGAUAAUCCUGCUGCCUGGGCAGUGCUGAUGGCAGCCUGUCAUGCUGAGAACACUGUUGUCUGUCUAAACAACACUCAGCCGAAGCGAACAGGUCUGGAGAUGACACUUCUGUCUGCAGUUUCAGCGAAAACUAGAGAAAACAACCUUCCACAUAAAUAUAUUCAGACUCUUGAGGACUGGUGUCUCUGUCAAGCUAUUACAAGCCUAGAGGAGACUGGUAAACUCUCAGAAGCUGAAGCUCUUUGUACCAAGGGUUUAAAAAGCUGCCCGGAGCACCCAGCUCUGUUUUUGCUUUUGAGACAAGUUCAGUGUAAGCAGCUGUUGCAGUCUCACAAAGAACUUCCAAACAACAUCCUGGAGGAGCUUCACAAGACGGUCAUGGCCAGUUCAACUUCCGUUGCAGCCUGGCAAUGGCUGGCAAAAGUAUAUCAGUCUCAAAGAAUGAUGGUUGGAGCAGAGAUGUGUUACAGAAAGAGUCUGCAGUUGGCAUCACAGCAGGGCACCUGGAAUGAGAAGUUAUCCAGUCUGCUCAGGCUAGCUAUGCUCGCGCUGGAAAUCUGCAUGGCUAAUGUCUCAAAUGAGCACUGGCCGUCCUUGGUUGAGGAGGCAACAGCUGAAGCUUUGAAGCUUUCUUCUUGCCCCGUGGCUACUCUCUUCCAAGCACUGCUACAGUAUAACCGCAAAAUGGGGGCAAGGUAUGUGAGAUCUCUACUUUUAAGAGUGGUUUAUCAAGCGGGGAAUCCAGAAACCAUUGUGUCGGUGGCACGCUGGUACCUCCUGCAACACCUGUAUGCCAAAGAUGAUUAUGAACUAAUAGAUGUGCUUAUAGAAAAUGCCAAAGCUCAUGGGGAUAUUAGAGCUCUGGAACUGAAUGAGAAAUUGUCAGCAAGUGCCUAA